GCAGGGGUCAAUAUUUUACAACGCACCCGCAUCCGGCUCAACAACAUUCUAACCAACAUGGCAAGCCGAAAAGGUUCACAGCAGAGCCGGGGAGGUGGUGAUAAAUACUCGGUGUUGUUGCCCACUUACAAUGAACGAGAGAAUCUACCGCUUAUUGUGUGGCUAUUGGUAAAAUACUUCGGUGAAAGUGGAUACGACUACGAGAUUAUUGUCAUUGAUGAUGGAAGUCCAGAUGGGACACUUGAGGUGGCAGAACAACUGCAGAAGAUAUACGGAGAGGACAAGAUACUCCUUCGACCAAGAGCAAAGAAACUAGGGUUAGGAACUGCCUACAUCCAUGGCAUUAAACAUGCCAGAGGGAACUAUGUCUUCAUAAUGGAUGCAGACCUCUCCCAUCAUCCUAAAUUUAUUCCAGAAUUCAUAAAGAAACAGAGAGAAGGCGGGUAUGACCUUGUGUCAGGCACCCGAUACAGAGGAGAUGGGGGCGUAUACGGAUGGGACCUGCGCAGGAAACUCAUCAGUCGGGGAGCGAACUAUGUCACACAGGUGCUGCUGAGACCUGGGGCAUCAGACCUGACUGGCAGCUUCAGGCUUUACAAGAAGGAGGUACUGGAGAGUCUGGUGGAGAGGUGUGUGUCCAAAGGCUACGUCUUUCAGAUGGAGAUGAUUGUCCGUGCUAGACAGCUGAACUACACCAUUGGAGAGGUUCCAAUUUCGUUUGUGGAUCGUGUUUAUGGGGAGUCUAAACUGGGAGGAAAUGAAAUAGUGUCGUUCCUGAAAGGACUGCUUACUCUCUUCGCGACAACAUGAUUUAUGAUGCUCUAGGUUUGGACUCAGCACUGCUUUUUAGUUUUUCAGUCAUGGCCUUUAGUGCAGUAAUUAACCUACAUCAAAAUCAGUGGCGUAGGACGCACCCCCGCAGCCCACGCGAGGCGGGGGCCCCCAAGAUUUAGGGAGCAUCAAACCAACUUUUAUUUUGGUUGGGGCACCCCUAAAACUCAGGGAGCCUCCCAGAAAGCAAAUGAACACUUCAUAAGCCCUGGCAAAAUGUUUAGAAUUACAGGAAAUUUGCUUUAAAACGGCAACAUUUUCUCUCACUCUCAUGGCACAAUGUAUAGAAUAGCAUAAGAUUAGCUAUAAAACUGCAUAUUUUUCUCUCAGCCCCAUGGCAGAAUGUGUAGAAUUGAAGCAAAUUUGCUUUAAAACAGCAACAUUUUCUCUCAGGGGUGGGGGUGGGGGGGGGACCUCGCGAAAUUCCAGUAUGUCACUGAUAAAAAUGAGAGUAGGGGAAAUGGACAGACUAUGCUCCUUUCUAUGAGUAGUUGAUUAUUGACAAGUCAAAGCACAGAAAGUAAUACAUUAAAAUAUUCAAUCUUCACUGCCUCUGCUUCAGAUGGAUCUCCAAUCAUACAUAAAGAUGUUGAAGCAUCAAGCUUCUUCCUAUGUAUUAUUGUAGAUUGAUUAACUGCUUUCUGUUCAUUACUUUCACAUUUUGGUGGGUUUACACUACCGGUCAAAAGUUUUAGAACACCUACUGAUUCAAGGGUUUUUCUACAUUUUCCUAUAUUUUUCUCUCAACCAGCUUCACGAGGAAUGCUUUUCCAACAGCCUUGAAGGAAUUCCCACAUAUGCUGAGCACUUGUUGGCUGCUUUUCCUUCAUUCUGCGGUCUAACUCAUCCCAAACCUUCUCAAUUGGGUUGAGGUUGGGUGAUUGUGUAUGCCAGAUCAUCUGAUGCAGCACUCUCCUUGGUCAAAUAGUCCUUAC